AUGUUACGUGCUAGUUUAUUGAUUUUGCUGUGUGUGCAGUUAGUGCCCCAAGUGGAGCCUGCAAGAAUUUUGGGCAUAUUCCCCAUGCCGUCUAUCAGUCACCAGGUGGUGUUCAGAGCGUUGAUGAUGGAGUUGGCUAAACGUGGUCACGAACUGGUUAUUAUCACCCCGAAUCCCGCGCUACCCAAGAACAGGCCCCCGGACAACAUUACUGAAAUCGAUACUUCGGAAGCAUAUCAAUGGUUCGGUCGGAUUUUUAAAGACUUUGGCAAUCUUUUUAAGAGAGGAGCUAUUAUAGAUAUUGAUGGGAUGCUCAAUGACGAAGCAAUAACCAGUAUGUUGGAUAUUGUGUUACGCGAAUUCGAUCUACCUGAAGUACAAAAACUCUUGAAAGACAAAUCACAAAAGUUUGACCUCGUGUUCUUGGAAGCGAUGGGUAACUACCACUUGGUAGCCUCCCAUAUAUUUAAUGCCCCAGUAAUACUCUUUUCCUCGUUCGGUGGAUACCAGGAGCAUUUAGAAGCUAUGGGCGCUGUCAGUGUUCAUCCCUUAUACUAUCCAAGUUUUUAUAGAAAUAAAAUUAAAAAUCUUUCUUUCUUCGAAAAGAUAAUACAAAUAUAUUUGGAAUACAAAAUAUAUCACUUCGAAAGGUUAAAACGGCAAAAAGAAAACGAAGCACUAAGAGAACGAUUUGGUCCAGACGUUCCCAGCAUAGAAGAAAUGGAGAAAAAAGUACAGAUGCUGUUUUUGAACUCGCACCCAAUAUUCGCCAACAAUCGGCCCGUGCCUCCCAGUGUGGUGUACCUGGGGGCCCUGCACCUCAAGCCUGUUAAAGAAUUACCUCAGUCAUCAUUUGCGUGUGUGUGCAGUUACAAGAAGAACGUAGAGCGGCUGCGCGAUGUGAUAAGAGACCAGAAGGAACCACCCCUGGAGCGCGCCGUGUGGUGGACUGAGCACGUGCUGCGCCACGGCGGAGCGCACCUUCGCGCCGCCUCCGCCGGCGUCACCUGGAACGAGUACCUCAUGGCCGACGUCAUCGCUGUGGUCACAGCCGCCGUGAUCCUGGCGCUGGCGCUGCUUGUGUGCACGUGCCGAGUCAUUGUUAGAGCGACUCACCGAAGUGUUACAGUCAAACCCAAACAAAGCUAG